AUGGCUGAAAAAGAAGACGAAGAAUACAAGAGACCUCAAUCAUCAUCUGAAGAAGAAGAGUUUGUAGAAGAGGAUCAGCCCAAGCAAAAAGCUACCAAGAAACAAAAGACCGAACAGCAAGUAGGUGAAAAGCGAAAGAGGGAAGUAGCUCGUGAUGAUAGUGGUGACCAAAUAUUCGAAUUAUCUUCAAAAAGAAGAGUUACAGUUCGUUUGUUCAAGACAGGCGAUGGGUCUCCUUCGGUAGAUAUUCGUGAAUUCUAUAAAGAUAAAGCCUCGGGCGAGAUGCGACCAGGAAAAGUUGGCAUUUGCUUUCCUGUUGCUCAAUGGAACAAAUUAAAAGAGCUCAUUCCAGAUAUAGACGAGGCUAUUGAUGCACUACAAAAAAAAUAG